UUGAAGUAUUUUAACGGAACCACUAAACCCUGAAGCAGGAACAGACAUGUCUAACUCCGAACCUCAAGUCGCCGUAACCCGUCGCUACGAACUCCGCCUCAUCCGUUGCACCCUCACUCCUUCACCGGAGACGACGACGGCGUUCAAUCCUGAACCUCAAACCGAAUCCUCAGAUGACCUCAUCAAGGAACUAUUGGCCUCAAUUGAAUGUGGCAACUAUGCUGAAGCACUCACCUCUCAAUCUUGCAAACUCAUCUUCCAACUUAAUCACAACUCACCGCCACCGGAAUCCGCCGAACACUUCUACUCCGAGUUGGUGAACUGCGCCGAGUCUUUCAUAACAGACGCCUCAGUUAGCACUGUUGAACAAUCUCACAGAGCCAUCCUCGUGAUGUGUAUUGCUGUUGCUGCAUUUCUAGGGUUUACUCAAUGUAAUUUUACAGGGCCUUUGAAGGGGAAGGAGCUACCAAGAUUCCCUUUGCCUUUGGUUGAAUUUGAGUGUGCAGAAUGGGAUAUUUGGGCACGUAAUUAUAUUAUGUCUGAUGGUUCUGAUUUGCUUGGAAAGUUCUCGAAUCUUCAGUAUAUAGUUUUUGCUAAGAUGUUGCUUAUGAGGAUGAAAGAUUUAUCAAUUGAUAUUAGAAUUAGAAGUCUUUCUUGGUGGCUUGGAAGAGUUUUGCUUCUUGAACAGAGGAUUUUGGACGAGCGGUCUUCUUCACUUUGCGAUCUCUUGCAUGCUUAUAUGGGCGAAGCUUUACAGCAAUUUGGCACUUCAGAAAAAGUUCAGAGUUAUUGGGAUACUGAUUUGCGUGAUAGAGAGAGCUUGGCUAUUGUUUCCUUGCUUCAUUUAGAGGCUGGAAUUAUGGAAUAUGCAUAUGGACGAGUUGACCCUUGUAGGACACAUUUUGAGUCAGCUGAGACGGCAGCUGGGCUUCAGCUUUCAGUUACCGGGGUACUUGGUUUCCGUACUGCACAUCAGGUCGAACCAAAGGCACAAAUGGUACUUGUUACAUGCACAGGUUCGUCAAACAGUGGGGACAACCGCCCCUUAACGGGAACUGGUAUCCAAACACAUGAUGGCAGCAAUAAUUUGCGUCAGCAUCAAGCCUCUGAAGAAUCUGACAUACUUGUAAUACCAAAGUUGGUAGAAAACACUGAUGACUCUAAAGCUAGGUCACAAGACAUGGAAAAUGGUGCUUCUGUCACUUCCAACCUAACAUCAACACAACAGGCUGUAAUUCUAGCAUACUGCCUUCUAAUUGAGAAGAGUUCCCGACACGAUGAAUUGCAACGAUGGGAUAUGGCUCCUUACAUUGAGGCAAUUGAUUCCCAGCAUUUCUCUUACUUCAUCAUACGAUGCUUCUGCGAUAUCCUGCGUAUUAGAUGGGAGUCAUUGCGUAGUCGAACAAAGGAGCGUGCAUUACUGAUGAUGGAAAGCUUAGUGAAGCGUGUUUCUGAAUCUUCUCCAGAAAUUGCAGAAAGAAUUCCUCUUAGUUAUGGUGUUUAUAUGGCUAGCAUUCCUGCUUUGAGAAAGGAAUAUGGGGAACUUUUGGUGCGUUGUGGCUUGAUAGGGGAUGCAAUAAAGGAGUUUGAAGACUUAGAAUUAUGGGACAAUCUCAUACACUGCUACAGUCUAUUGGAGAAGAAAGCAACAGCUGUUGAACUCAUCAGGAAACGACUAUCUGAAAGACCAAAUGACCCCAGAUUAUGGUGCUCCUUGGGUGACACUACCAAUAAUGAUGCAUGCUAUGAGAAAGCUCUGGAAGUUUCAAACAAUAGGUCUGCUAGAGCUAAGCGCUCUCUGGCUCGCAGUGCAUACAAUAGAGGAGACUAUGAGAUGUCUAAAACUUUAUGGGAGUCUGCAAUGUCAAUGAACUCUAUGUAUCCAGAUGGUUGGUUUGCAUUUGGCGCUGCUGCAUUGAAGGCACGGGAUGUUGAAAAGGCUCUAGAUGCAUUUACUCGUGCUGUUCAACUUGAUCCCGAAAAUGGGGAAGCUUGGAAUAACAUAGCUUGCUUGCAUUUGAUCAAGAAAAAGAGCAAAGAGGCCUUUAUUGCAUUCAAAGAAGCCUUGAAGUUCAAACGGAACAGCUGGCAACUCUGGGAGAAUUACAGUCAUGUUGCUGUUGACGUUGACAAUAUCAGUCAGGCACUGGAAGGCACCAAGAUGGUUUUGGACAUGUCUAAUAAUAAAAGAGUAGAUACGGUUUUAUUGGAAAGAAUCACAAAUGAGGUGGAAAAGAGGUUUUCUACAAGUAACUUUGUACCUCCUGUGACAACUGAUAAUAAACCUAAUACAGAUCAAUCCUGCAUUGUUGAUUCUGGGUCAGAACAUCAAGAGCAAGUAUCUGGACUAUCCGUUGCAGGAAGAUUGCGUGAAAGUGAGCAAUUAUUGUCGUUGCUUGGAAAUGUUUUACAGCAGAUAGUUAAAAAUGGGAGUGAAUGUGGACCUGAUAUCUGGGGCUUAUAUGCUAAAUGGCACAGAAUUAAGGGAGAUCUCAUGAUGUGUUCUGAAGCCCUCUUAAAGCAAGUUCGAUCACUCCAGGGUUCUGAUACUUGGAAGGACCGAGAUCGCUUCCAAAAGUUUUCAAAAGCAUCUUUGGAACUUUGCAAGGUGUACAUGGAAAUAUCCGCAUCAACUGGCAGUAUCAAGGAAUUGUUUACGGCUGAGAUGCACUUGAAGAACAUCUGCAGACAGGGCGAGAGCUUCUCUGACACAGAAGAAUUCAUGGAUAUUCAGACUUGCCUUGAUGAAGUGAAAAUUAAACUUCAAUCUAACUCAAUACCUAGCUAAAAUCUUGUUAAAGGAAUUAUGAGAUUGUUAGCGAGUUCAACCCAAGUUUUGACCUGAAGUCAAAAUGCUGAAUCUGAUUCUCCCACUGAACUUGUUGCGGCGAAAAGUUCAAUCUUCAACCUGAAGUCAUCAGUGAGUUCAACCCAAGUUUUGACCUGAAUCAUCAUAUACUAGAAUGGCUAUGAAACUUUCUCAAAUCUGUUGAAAGGUUGAUUUUGAGAUGGACGGGAUCUGUAUCUCUAUUGUUUAUUAUGUAUUCUAUUUCUUUGCUAUUGCCAUAAUUAGGAUGUAGCUUAGUCAUUUGAUUUGGUUAACUCAUUUAGAAAUAUUCAUAAAUAAUUUUUUUGUAGAAGUUUGUGUAACACAUUAAAUUAAAUAUAUUUUGCGAUAAUAUUUCUAUUUUUUACUCUAACGUAAAAGCACUUGUUAGUGUUUGUCUUAAUUAUAGUAUUACCUUUUCUUUGACGGAAUUAUAUUAUUACCCUUUCUCCAAAAAAAAAAAAA